GUUUCAAAAUGCUUUUCAAAUACACAAAACAUGUUAAAACUACUGGGCAGCCUGGGUCGCUCCUGCUGCUCAUCAGCCAAAUCGGGAUUCAAGAUCCAGCCAAGUUGUAUUUCAAGGAUUUGGUUUGGUCCGAUGCCCAAGGACUCGAAUUGGAUAAAACCAGGUCGUCUUCACUACAUCGAAAACGAGGUGGAAAAACAAGUGGACAUUAUAAAAACAAUAGAUGGUGUGGUGGUGCUACUGUACAACAAAUCGCGCGAAAAACUGAUCUUCGUGCGUCAGUUCAGAGGAGCGGUGUACCAGGGAAUACAUUCAGCUGGAUCCCCAGACAUGUCCAAAGGAGAAGCUGACCUGGAGAAGUUUCCGCCCGAAAUGGGAGUUACUUUGGAACUUUGCGGUGGCGCCGUGGACAAGGCCAAAAGCGUUGUGGAGAUCGCCAAGGAGGAAGUCCUUGAAGAGUGCGGAUACGAGGUGCCCACGGAAUCGCUGCAGCAUGUCUACGAUUAUAGAUCGGGUAUUGGCACCUCCAGCAGUGCCAUGACAUUGUUCUACUGCGAGGUGUGUGAUGCUCAAAGGGUCUCGGAAGGCGGGGGCGUGGACACAGAGGAGAUCCAGGUGCUAGAAAUGUCCUUGGAGGAGUCGAGGAAGCUGGUCCAAACAGGGGCCAUAACUAAUGGUGGACCCUCCUGCUUGCUGGGGCUACUAUGGUUCUUUCUGCACAAGGCUCCCAAACGUGCUUAGUGGUAUAUCAGUAUUAAAAACUUUAAAUAAGCUAAAUUUAAA